AUGGGCGAUCAGCACACGUCCGUGUAUCGCAACUGCUCAGAGCAAAAGAACGCCAUUAAUCAGAGCUCGCCGCUAAGACAUGACUGGACCAGCACCGGCUUGUCAAGAGCAUCUGUACUCUUCGGCCUUCCGGACGAUCGACCUCAAUGGAGUGCCGUUCGCCAACGCUCGCGAGUAAAACAUGGGCUUUCCGACAUGCCCAGCAUCGGCUUGUUUGCGGCGUCUAUGCACUACGACCUUCCAGAUGGUCGACUGCAAUGGGACUCCCGCAGCAAGAGCUCGCAAGGAAUAGUCGGACUGUCUGGUAUCAAGCCGUCAGACUUUAGCAUGCUUCCUCACAGACGCUUAGAAGUCGCGGAAUUCAAGAGACUUCAUAUGAAGUUAGCAGAGCGAACCUCUGAACCGGUAACUAGCAUCUCAUCAUUCAUGGCGGCCGUCGCCGUCGUGGAUCCCCCCUUUAAGCCACGAACGCUCCACCGCCCGUGGUCCAUUUCAGCGGGUCACGGUGCACAUGGCGCCGUCGAAGUGCAUCGGUAUGUACCUGGUCGCAAUUUCAACGUCUUCAACGACAGCUCGUCGUUAAAACUCCUAGCGUACGAUCCUGACCCAAAACGUACUGGCGACUACUACGCCGUAAAACGGCUGGCUUCCCUGGAUCCCUCGCUGGAAAAGAAGGUGAAGCCGGUUAAAUCAGAAGUGAAGCGGAAUCCAUAUGCCUUACUCGCCGAGGAGUUACGCAUUUUGGCACACCCUGAUCUUCGCGGACAUCCUAACAUUGUGUACCUGUUUGGAGUGUCACACACACCAUUCAGAGGUGGUAACAAUUCGUCACAACCGAAUCUGGUUCUCCAGGAGGGCGACUGUGGUGACUUGUUUUCGUUCUACCGCGAUGUCGACAUGCGCUUCAACCGCCAUACCCUGAUUGAGGUUAAGCUAAGCCUAUGUUUCGAUAUUGCGUCUGGUAUCGAGGCACUUCACCUCCACGGCGUCGUGCACUGCGAUUUAAAGCCCCAAAAUAUUCUCAUCAGAAGACGUAAUGGAAGGGACCAGCCUGUGCUGAGAUGCAAAUCGGAGAUCGAGGCCGGACAAGUUGCUUUGCAGUCAAUGAUGGGCCAGAGCCCCUUCGUUGCCAUGUUAGCUGACUUUGGAGGAUCUCUCAUUAUGGCUGAUCAGUCAGACAAUACUGCCCACAUCAAGGUGUAUACACCUCACUGGUGUGCACCAGAAUGCUACUCCGAUAAGCCAAUAGCAAAGUCUUUACUACCACGGGUCGACAUCUACUCUGCAGGCCUGGUAUUUGCUUUUAUCUUUCUCGAGGGACGAGACAUCUUCACUCAGGUUGUUGAUCGCGGGCUGAUGCACCAGUACGACACUGUCUUGGAUAGGGAAAAGGUACGCUCCAGUAAAACAUCCGGUGCUGCCCUGGCGCUUGCCAAGAAGGAAGUACGUGCAUUCGAGACAACCGUUUUUGGGAUUACGGCGACUGGACAAAGACUUUAUAUGUCUAGAGAUCAAAUUUAUCCUUCAGUUGUAUCUGACAUAUUCGACUCAAUCCUAGAGUUGGCUUUGCAAGCUGACCCUGCUCAGCGUGUUGCCAAUGCCACCGAUCUACUGAAGCCGUGGCAUCAGGCUUUACAAGGAAGCUUCCACGUCAAGAACAACUUGCACUACUCACAACCGGAUGUAUUUCGUUCAUUUGCGUCGGGGGCAUUGGGUGGAAAAGACUACUUUUCUCGAAGGAAUACAUGUGCGAAGCCCGCCGGACAUGAUUGUACAAUAGUACCUCCAUUGUUCCCGAACACCACAACGGGGCUGGGCCCAGGAGUGUUCGACAUUCGUAAAAGUUUCAAGGUGUUCCGAGCGAGUCUCACCAGCAACCUCAAGAGUGCGAUCCUCGAUGAUAUGAUGCAGGAGACAAAACUUGUGCAAGACAUUCAAAGCCACACACAAGCAUCAUUGUAUGGACAUGGGCUCUCCGAAUUACAGCUCAGACGAGCCGCUGAUUGCGCGUACCAAACCGCAGUAGCCAAGUUGGAUGGAUUCAGCUGCUCCCGUGAUGAUCAAGAAGCCCUCAAGUGGAUGAAGAUUGCCGCCGAAUUAGGUAGCCCAGUCGCUAAAGCCGAGUUCCUCCCUUUGUCAACAUCGCUAGGCAUUGACUGCUCCGACAAGAACGACCCAUGUGUCCAGUGGGCGAUCGAUGCGACCAUUAAACAAGGCCACCAGGGUGCAGUGAACGCGCUCUGGAGAAUCAGCGAGACAGAGUGCACUGAUGUCGUGUCCAAGUAUCGCGAAGAGCAGUUGGAACAGCUCCGAGCCAAUUUCGAACGCCGAACUAAAGAGAACUGGGAGACGGUGUGCUGGCAAGAGGACUGGAAAACAAAGCUGAGGCAGAUCUAUAAGUCCUUCUCGGGAUUCAUGGGCAUAGUGAAGGGGUCACUGGACAGGAAUUGGACAAUUCUCCACUACGUCGUCGGCCUGGUGCCCUCCGGAGGCCUCGCUGGGGCAAUCGCAAGGAAGAGGAUCGAGUUCGUUGUUCAAGAUCUUGGAGCUGACGUUCGCUCGCUCAACGCUGACUCGGCUACUGCAUUGGACCUAGCCAUGGUGAUGGGCAAGAUAGGUACUGUGCGAUAUCUCCUCGGCCGUCAUGAGCUUUGCAACCCCCCUUUCAUGACUGGCAGCUGUCCGUUGCAGAACGUUGCAUGUCUACCUGCCGAAUACAUCAACGAGAUUGUCGAGAGAGUCUGCAAAAUGGCACCAGGGUUCUCUAUCGAUAGUAGGCUCAUGCCGCUAGGCCGGACGGCAUUGCUCAACGUGUUUCUCACAAAAGAGCCUUUACUCCCCCUGGCCCGAAAGGCUGCCGUCAUAUCACUUCUACAUCAUGGCGCAAACCCGCUUGUCACCACGACUGAGUCGGGCACGGCCAGCUCACUGCUUCUUGCUGUGACUGGCGUUGAAGCAAUGCUAGUUACACCCAUGCUUCACGCUAUCAAGAACUUCAGACAUACUACUCCCGUGCUAAAACCGGCGACAGCACGGCCAGAGCCAGCCAAUGAACUCGCCCGAGCGUUCCUGCGCAUGAUGCAGACACCGCGCGCUCGGCAAGCCUUGUGA